AUGCAGAUAACGAACCUUCAGAAACCAAUUGAGAUAAAGAGUCGAAGUAUGAAUGAUGAAGAUUGUGAACUAUUAGGUUGUGAACAUGCUAGAUUCGGCCUGAGUUUUACUAAACUUGGUGAUAUCAAUAUAGACGGAUAUGAAGAUUUUGCUGUGGGUGCCCCUUAUGAGGGAAACGGAGCCGUGUAUAUUUAUCAUGGUAAUAAAGACGCUCAAUUUGAUACAUACGCUCAGAGAUUAACAGCAGAGAAUGUUGCAUCACCUGGUUUAAAAUCUUUUGGUUCGUCACUAUCUGGUGGCCUUGACCUUGAUGACAAUGGUUACCCAGAUCUGCUGGUUGGAUCGUUUGAAUCUGGGGAGGUGGCGCUGAUUAGAACUCGACCAAUCAUCAACCUGAUGAAAGAAGUAACACUGGAGCCACCCAUCAUUGAUUUGGAACAGGAUCCAUUUUGUAGUUUUGAUGGCGAACUGAGACACUGUUUCCAGAUUGAGAUUUGUUUACAAUUUACUGCAGAGCCUGCAGAGACGUUUCAGAAUCGCCCGAAGAUCAAUUAUCGUAUUGAAGCAGAGAAGAAUCGUGGUGUGAGAAUCAACAGAUUAGAAUUAAAAGGAGCCAAUGACGACUCUAAGCGUAUUAUAACACGAAGCAUGCAGCUCCGGCGACAAGGUCUAGACGGUUCUCCCAGUAAAAAAGUCUGUAAGCAAGAAAUCGCUUAUCUUAAGGAUAAUUUUGCUGAUAAGUUGAACCCACUAGAGUUAACAUUAGAGUAUAGCCUAGACAAUGUAGAUUUUAAUAAACCUGCACCAGGAGAUCCACCUAUAGACAUCAAUGAUUACCCUAUAUUAGCUACAGAGGCUUCCGAUAAAAAGGGAGAGGUCGUCACCAUGACAGCAAAGGUUGACUUUGUAAAGGAAUGUGGAGAUGACAAUAUUUGUAAAAGUAAUCUACAAUUUAUGGCGAAAUUGAAUAUUUUAAAAGAUUCCGAUGAUAACUAUGUAUUGAGUACAGGAGAACAGAGUUCUAUAGAAUUAGAAUUGGAGAUUAGAAAUAUUGGUGAAGCAGCCUAUUUAACUCAGAUCUAUAUCACCAAACCAGAAUCUUUAUAUUAUAGACGUUCUGACGUACUUAAUGGCUCCACUUUCAAUACAAAUGUAAAAUGUCAGCCUGAUACUGGAAAUAAAACAUUAAUAACAUGUGAAGAGAUAGGAAAUCCCCUCCCCCAGGAUAAAACAGUUAUUUUUAAGAUUAAAAUGGAUGCCCACGAUCUAGAGGCUUCACGUGAUGUACUUGAACUUGUUGUCUGGGUAAACACAUCCAGUACAGAAUUAACGAAAGAGAAUGAUCUGAUAAAACUACCAUUCCGAGUUAUAAAUAGAGCCGAUAUUGGUGUUAUUGGCAUUGCUCAACCUGAUGACCCUAUUAUCUAUAGUGGGGUAAGUCGGGGUGAAAGUGCCAUUAAAAUAGAAGACGAAAUUGGUCAGGCCGUCAACCAUACCUUUGUGGUAACUAACUAUGGAUCUGGUACUGUGAGUCAAUCAACACUAUAUAUAGAUUGGCCUUAUGAAGUUGAGAACCAACAACCUAAAGGCAAACAUCUACUAUAUCUUAUGCAAGCUCCACAGGUGAUGUCUGGCAAUGCAGAAUGUACAUACAAUCCCAGUAUUAUCAACCCAGCUGGCAUCCCGGAGAAUCCUAGAUACAUCAUUAGACCCAAAUCUAAUACUGUGUCAACAACAGGCCUGAUAAUUGGAGGGGUUUUAAGCGAUCCAUCUGCUAUCAAAGAAAAUCCAGAGAAAACAGAAACAGUCCUUCAAGAUGCCAGUAAAAGUGAACCAGGGUAUAAAAUUGGAGGUAGACCUAGGCGCAGUACUGAUAGAGUCAAGAGAGCUGAAAAGGAACUCAUUUUGGGAUGUAAACAAAAUACAGCCAAAUGUCAUACUAUAACAUGUAAUAUUGGACAACUCAAACAGGAUGACUACGUGACUAUCACUAUCAGAGCUAGAUUGUGGGAGAGCACAUUUUUACAGGACUAUCGUAAUGUACGAGAAGUCAAGGUCAGAUCGCGAGCAGAGUUGGUCAUUGAUCCAGAAUUAAACGUGGAACAAACUGAUCUCACUAAUGAUAUUACUUAUGCUGAAACUAUAGCUAUACCAGAUGUUAAAGUAGCUGAACCUGAGUCUAUAGACUGGUGGAUAAUAUUAAUAGCUGUAUUAGCAGGAGUAUUAUUAUUAGUUAUAUUGAUAUUAAUCUUAUAUAAGCUGGGAUUCUUCAAACGAAAGAAGCCAGAAGAUAUGCAGACGUAUGAAGUCAAAUUUGAAAAACGAAAGGAAGCUGUUGAAGAGUAUUAUGACUAA